UUUAGUCAUAGAGAUCCUCAAUCCACUGAUAGUUUACUGUUGCAAGGAUUUAACUUCCUUAAGAUUUCGCGAAUUCCGUUUGCAUCAACUCAUUGUCAUUGUUUCCCCUUAAAAGCUGUCAUUGUUUCCCCUUAUAAGUUUGACACAAAUUUCAAAAAAAAAAUUUCAAUUUAAAGGCUCUGAUAUUUUACUCGAAUGUUCAAUUGCUCAAACUGAUUCUCCAUUUCAAAUUCAAUGGUAUACAAAAGACAGGAUUAUGGACAAAGAAAAAGAUGAUGAUAUUGUUCCUGGUUUUUCUGGACGUUACAAGUUAUUGAAAGAAUCAAAUGAUGAAUUAAACUUGGCUAUCUCAAAUUUGACUCUUGAUGAUGAUGGAAAAUUUCAAUGUCAAGUUAUUGGGCCAAAUGGAGUAUUUUUGCGUUCGCAUGAUUUUGUUGAAGUUUUGGUCCCACCUCGAACUGUUCGUUUCGAAAAUUUUCAAUCUGGACAAACUUUAAUAGUCAAUGAAGGCUCACAAAUUAAUUUAACUUGUAUUUCUGAACAAUCAAAACCUCAGGCUGAUUUAAAUAUUUUUUUGAAUGGAAAGAAGGCAACAGAAAAUAUUUUUAGAAAUUUUAUUUCAUUAAAAAAUGGAACAAUUAAUACAUUUGCAAGCCUUGUUUUAAGGCCAGGUAAAAUUCAUCAUAAUAUUGUUAUUUCCUGUGAAGCAACUCAUUCUGAAACGUCUACGAAAAUGAGAGAUUUUAUUACUUUGGAUGUUUAUUAUUCUUCUGAUCGCCCAAAAAUUGAUUUAAUUGGAGGAACAAAUGGUGGUGAUACUCCUCUUUUGGCUGGUCAAAAUAUUACUUUAUUGUGUAUUGCUGAAGGGGGUAAUCCAUCACCACAAUUGCUUUGGUCUAAUAAUCAAAAAGGACAAUUAAAUUCAACUUUUGUUUAUGAUGAGUCUAGUCAGAUAACUCAAAACGAGCUUUCCUUUAUUCUUUCUGGUGCUGAUAAUGAUGUAACUUUUGAAUGUACUAGUCAAUCACAUUCCAAUAUGACACCUUUAAUUAAUCGAAUUACUCUACAUGUUGAUUACCCUCCCGCAAAUGUUUUUCUUUAUGGAAGUACUGUUGUUCGAAAAGGGGAAGCUUUAACAAUGUCUUGUACUUCAAGUGUCUCCUCUCCAGCAGCAACAAUUACUUGGCAAAUAAAUGGGUCACCUACUCAAAAACAAAUACAACAUAAAACUAAACAAUUACAGGGUUUUGUAACUCAAUCAAAUAUUACAAUUGAUUCAACGAUGCUUUUACAUGGACAAAAUGAAAUUUUGGUGGCUUGUAUUGCUAGUAAUGGUGUUGAACUUCCAGUGCAAAAAUCUCAUAUAAUUCGAGUUUUAUCGCCACCUUCACAUCCUGUCAUUUCUGAAAGUGAAACAAAUACUGUGCCUUUAGAGGGUGUUUUAUACAAUUUAACAUGCGAGUCUCAGGGAGGUCACCCAUUUGCUACAAUUUCUUGGUUUCGUGGAGUUGAGAAGUUAAAAGAAACUGAAAAUACGUUAAAUGGCGAUAGCUCAAUUAGUACCUUAACACUUUUACUUGAUAGAGCAAUGAAUGGUCAACAAAUUCGUUGUGAAGCUGAAAAUGGUGCUACUGAUUUACCUCUUAUUGCUAAAAAGAAUUUGGUUGUUUUGUUUCCACCAAUUCAAGUUCGAGUUAAGCCUACAAGAAAUGUUCAUAUGAUUGCCAAUUCCCCAACAGAAUUAUCUUGUACAAUUCCCUCCUCGAAUCCUAUGGCUGAAUUAAGUUGGGAAUUUCCAAAUACUGUGGAUAAGCAAUUGACAAUAUCAAGGAAUGGUGAACAAAUUAGAAAAUCGAGCAAACCUGUUGGAGAAUAUCACGGCUAUGAAGCAGAAAAUAUUAUCCAAUUUACUCCGACUGAAGCAAUGGAUGGGGCUGAAGUUCGUUGUAUUGCUUCACAUCAUUUAUGGAAUGAGAAGAAAUAUGGAACUUUUGCUUUGGAUAUUAAAUAUCCUCCUCGUAUUCCAAUUGAAGGUCAAAUGUCAAUACUUGUUAGAGAGGGACAAUCCUUUGAAGAAAAUGUAACAAUUUAUGCAAAUCCUCGAGUUAAUGCUUAUGCUUGGCGCAAGGAUGGAUUUACUAUAGAUCGUUCUAUUGGGACUAUCUUUGUUAGACAAUCAGUUAUUGGAGGUAUUGGUGUCACAAAAGAAGAUACUGGUAUUUAUACUUUAUUGGUUUCAAAUGGUGUAGGGACAGCAAAUGCUACAAUUUCUUUAGUUGUUGAAUAUGCAGCAAGAAUUGUUCGAAUAAAUAAUCCUGUUAUUGCUAGUAUUGGUGAAGAUAUUGUUUUAGAAUGUGAAGUAGAUGGAAACCCAUUAAAACUUGGAAUGAUUAGAUGGUUUAGAGGACAAGAAGAAGUCAAACCUUUUUUGUUGGAACAACACCGUUCUGUUUUGAGAAUAAUUGCGACACAUGAAAAUAGUGGGGCUUAUACAUGUCUUGUAGAUAAUGGAAUUGGAAAGCCAAAUUCUUCUAUUGCUUACCUUUUGGUUCGUCGUGCACCUGAAAUUGUUAAAAGGCCGGGGUUUAAUCGUGCCGCUGGUCCACUCGGUGGAAAAGCAACACUUCGUUGUCGUGCUAGUGCUGUUCCAAAUGCAGAAUUUAACUGGGGUAUUGAAGAUGAAGGGCAUAUGAUUCAUCAUAAUACAACAAAAUAUCGCUUUUUUGACACUCAAUUGGAUCACACAACUUUCCAGAGUACUUUGACAAUUUUAAAUUUGGAUGAAAGGGAUUACAAUCGUCGCUAUAGAUGCCGAGCUUUCUUCCCAAGUGUAUUUUAUGCUGAACCUCGACUCUAUCUCUAUUCUUUGUUUAAUUUUUUACAGAACCGUCUCGGACAUGCCCACUCAUUUAUUUCUGUUGGUCCACCAAGCGCACCUGAACAACCUUCUGAAAUUGAAAUUAUCAAUAUAACAAAUACAUCUGCUUCAAUUUCAUGGAUCCCAGGAUUUGAUGGAGGCUCUGACCAAUUAUUUGAAUUAAUAUAUCAAGAUAUGGAUGAAAAUCAAUUAUUUACAUUAAAUACAAGCCUUUCAAAUAUUAUAUUAAACGACUUGAAAACAAAGCAUGGUUAUUCUCUUCAAAUUAGAGCAAUAAAUGCGAGAGGUGAUAUUUCUGACUUGACCCAACCUUUAAUGUUUCACACAUUGGAAGAAAUGCCUCAAAAUGGUGGAAUUGGUGAUAAUAUGCUUUUAAAGAAAAGACUCAUAAGUCAUUCAACAAUAAUUGCUCUAAUUUUUGGCCUUUUGGGACUUUUAUUGCUCAAUAUUAUUUUAAUUUGUUAUUUAAAUCGAAGAAAUAAGCGGCGUAAAAUAUUAGCAAGAAAUUUACAACAACAACAACAAAAUGGUUCUUCCUCAACAGGAAGUGGAGGUAGUGGAAGAACAAUUCAAAUUUAUGGAACAAUGAAUGCUUUACAAAAUAAUUUUCAACAUCAUCAACCUCAAAUAAUCCAACCACAACAGAAUGUAAGGAAUGGAUCUAUUUGCAACCAUUCUGAUGUUCAAAUUGUACAGCAAGAUCAAUCUUUUAUUGAAGAUACACAAUCUGCUCAAACGGUGAUUGAAGUACCUUCUACUUAUUAUUCAAAUGGAGGAAAUGCUCUCAUACAUCAUGACCUUCAACAACAACAUUUUUACAAUCAAAAUAAUUGUGUUAUUUCUGAGGAUCCUUUAGCCGAUCAUUAUGCCAGAUUUCAAAGGCAGGACAUUCAAAAUGUUAAUUUUAACAAUCAAAAUGGUAUGGUCAACUUUUCAUCAGUGGGCCCUGUUUUUGAUAAAAAUUUGAGUUAUCAAGCAUUGCCUAAUCCGGACCCUUAUCCUUACAAUAAUGGUACUAUUGAUGGACGUCAUUAUUCUGGUUAUGUUCCUUCAGGCGUUAGUUAUGCUGCAAAUACAACAACAACAGAUUCAUUUAAUAAUAAUAUUAACGGAACAUGUAAUAGCAAUAACAAUAGUUUACAAAGGAGGGCAACAACAUUAAUGAGGACAUUUCAAGAUUACAAUAAUGGAGGGAUUGUAAAUUAUGAUACUUCUUCGAAUAUUAAAGGAAGUAAAGGAGCUGGGUCAAGAUCAAUAAUUUCUGGACGAGAUUCGAUUCGUGGUGGGGGAAGUGCUGGGGGAGGAGAAUUUCUUUAA